UUCGUAUAUGAACUGUAACUCAGUAAAAUCGUUGAAAUUGUUGUGUUUAUAUUUUUAUUCAGUAGAAAUUAUUGCUUUUUGCGCCAUAUGUAGUUCUCUGUAGUAAAACUGCAUCCACCCGGGGGCGCUAAUUUGUGUUUCUGGGUUCGCCAUACCCACUCAUUAGAACGGAAGAAGAAGACAACACGGAUGUAGAACUGGGAGAGCGAGUUUCUUUUUUAACAUUCCUUCCUCGUAGACUACAUAGGUGAAUACAACCUGAGAGGAACAGGCUCUUUUGACAAUAAUAAUACCACAAGUCUACUAACAAUGUCUAAAUUACAGUCUUUGAAUUCGUUUCUUUCUGAGUGUUUGACUGCGGCGACAGUGGAGAUUUUGGGGGCAGUUGAGAAAGUCGUAACUGAGUACCAGGAUGAGAUCUCACGUUCUAAAGAGGAGAAUGAUCGUCUACGGAGACAACUUGGGAUUACACCGGGUAUAAAACUAUGUACCAUAGACUCCCAGCAGCUCUCUCUCCCUGUCUCUGAAGAGGAGUUUCCCCCUGAGCAAAAACACUGUGAGCAGGAGUGGUGCCCUAGUCUGGGACAAGAGGAACCAGGGCACAUACUGAUUAAAGAGGAACUGAGGACCAGCCAGGAGGAAGAGCAGUUUCAAGGGCCGGAGGGUAAUACCAUAGAGUUUAUAUUUAGUUCUCCCUGUGUGAAAAGUGAAUGGGAUCAGGAAGCCAUCAGCAACUGUUCAGCUGUAAUUAGUGACCAAGUAAACAGUCCACCAUUGGAUCCCGAACCAACAUUGGGGGAAUACUGUUCUAAACUCAGUACCAUGUCUAAAAAAUCUCACUGCUGCUGUGACUGCGGCAAAGUAUUUGCUCUAAAAGCUGACCUUCAGAGGCAUGUGACUCUCGCCAGGGAAAGACCCGUUGAAUGCCCCUACAACUCCACCAGUAAACUGAAGGCCCAUGUCCCACUCUGUCAUGGUGGGAACCCCUGCCUUGUUUGUGGCAAGACCUUUAAAAACAGAGCACAUCUAUCCCAGCACAUGAGGAUUCAUACACGGGAGAGGCCAUUUAGCUGUGGUGACUGUGGGAAAUGCUUCUAUAGCGAGGGGCUGCUGAAUGUGCAUAUACAGACUCAUAAAGGAGAGAAAGCAUUUAGCUGUGGAUACUGCGGGAAAAGCUUCUAUCAGAAGGGGAACCUAACCCAACAUGUACGUACUCACACAGGAGAGAGACCAUUUAGCUGUGGUAGCUGCGGAAAGAAUUUCAGUCGAAAAACACAUCUGAACAGGCAUAUACUGACUCACACAGGUAAAAAACAGCAUGGCUGUUCUGUGUGUGGUAGAAGAUUCACUGGGAAUGCUUACCUGCUGAAACAUGUGGAUAAAGUCCACAAAUGACAAAAACAGAACCAAAACAGAAUGGCGAAAGACAGUGAGGAAACGGACAUCUCACGUCAGAAGAUGGGACUAAAAAUGCAGGAUGUGGACAAAACUCGAAAGGAAAGCAACACCACACUGGAUCAUUCAUGCUGUUGGUUCCAAAUGAAUAGAUAUAGACUGUUUAAACAUUAGCCUGUUAACAAUUAGAUUGUUUUGGAACGUCUGAGCCACGGUGAAGACAAAAUGAUCAGACUGAUGUUAAUACAGAAAGAAUUUUCUGGAAAGUUAUCGUUGAGUUUGAGUGUUUCUCUAUCCAAUUUGACCUGAUGGUCUAUUCUGACCUAAUGCUGCUCAUCCAUGAUAUUGCAGCAACCUUAAAGUUGAAAUCCGUUGUGGCGAAACUUCCACGUCCGUUUGUGAUAUAACAACAAAGAUGUUGCUUCAAAAAACAGUUUUAUGUUUUUCUCUGACAUCAUUGCACGCGUGAUAGAACAGCAGAGUAUGUACAGUGGGGCAAAAAAGUAUUUAGUCAGCCACCAAUUGUGCAAGUUCUCCCACUUAAAAAGAUGAGGCCUGUAAUUUUCAUCAUAGGUACACUUC